GUGAAUAUUCUUUGAUCCCAGGCUAUAAUCAGUUACUUAUUAAAGUUUCACAAAAGAACAACAACGUGCGAAGUUCCGUGAUGAAGUGUCGGCGUCACAUAGAAACCUCAGAUCUUAAUUUCAAUAGCGCCAAAGACAACUGCUCUCUUCCUGACUUCAAGGUGCCAUUUGAAUUUCGUGACCCAUACAUUUUAACCGGCUAUCGCUGUCCACAACUUUCUGCCUGGGAAUGUUUACUAAGUUUGUUCAGGAGAACGAACGAAACCAUCAAUGUUUGGUCGCAUGUAGUUGCCUUUGCUGUCUUUGUUAUUCGCUCGAUCAUCGUCUUCAGUCAGCACAAUCCACUUGAGGAUGCAUUUGUGUAUCCUUUGCUCUCCUUUGCUGUUGGGACAUCUGCUAUGUUCUUCAUGAGCUCAGGAGCGCACCUUUUCAAUUCAAUGUCGAGCAAGAUUCGCCAUGUUUGCUUCUUCUUUGACUACGCCGCUAUCAGUGUGUACGCAUUCUCUGUUGGACAGGCCAUGUACUUUUACUCAAGACCAUUAGGUAAUGACUGGCUAAUCUUUCGAUCCCAUUCACUUUUCAUGAUUGUCUGUGUUAUCGUGUCCAUCGUUUCGACCUUCUCCUGUUGUGCAUCCAGACAUCGUUGGAUCGAUUUCAAGUUCCUAAUUCGAACCGGAACUUUCGCGACAUCAUUUUUUAUAAACACGCUGCCAUAUUGGCUGCGAAUGUACGACUGUACAUCAGAAGUAGAUUGUAAUGUUGUGUCUAUCCCUUAUUUUAAGCGACAGUUUAUGUUCUUUGCGGUAGCUGCUUUGGCUAACGGUAGCAGGUUACCAGAGAGACUUCUGCCGGGUGUGUUCGAUUUCUGUGGUCAAAGUCAUCACUUUUUACAUAUACUUUGUGCGAUUGGAGCAGUGGAUGAAUAUUCAGCUCUUUAUCUGGACAUGUUAGGGCGGAGGAAAGCUUUGGAAAAUUUAUCAACCCUACCCACUUUUACAAACAGCCUUUUCGUGAUACUGCUUGUACUUGCAUGUAAUAUUGCAGUGGUAAUUUGGUUUACAAAGUCUAUUAAGCCAGUUAAUGGUACAAAUAAGACCAGUGCUCGAGAUAAAGGUGACUGAAUAUUUAUUGACUCUUUAAUUCCCUGAUCUGAUCGUUAAUUCUUCCUCUCUAGCUGCUACACACUUGUAAAUUAGUUACAACGACUUGCUGUGAGAUCAAGAUAACAACAUCUGCUUGAUACGUUUGAGUAUUUACAACAUAUUUUUGUCUGUUAAUAUAUAUAUCUUAUUGUUAAAAACUAGAUCAUUGGAUAAUGCAAUUCAAGACUUUUUAUUGGCUUA